GUGUGUGAGUGAGUGUGUACUCAGCUGAAAUUGCGGUGUUAAUAUAUAUCAUGGUUUGAAUGGAAGUAGGACAAGUGGUUGAGUUGUAGUAUAUUUACUUUUUAACUAGUUGUUGAGACUCCUGCUUGUCUCUACAUAUGUUUUACGUAGUAUACUUGUAGUCUUUCUGUCUAUUAUAAUGCAGAACAUUUGUUUUCUCUAACAAUAUACCAGGUUUUUCACAAUAACUAUAGAUUCUAAGAACUUGUAUUUCUUCAGUUUAAUAGUACCAGCAUGUGCUGCUUGGGCUUAGGCGACAUUCUAAACUUAGAGUCCAAACCCUUUACUCAGGUUACAAAUCUACCCCGUUCUUUUCACUGACAUCCACACACUGAGCCAGUAACCCAGAGAGACACCGCUAACUCCACCGUCUCAGGCGCAUGGGACAGUUUAACUUCUUUGAAUCACAUUCAAUAGACAAUGUUCUGCCAAGCUACAACAGUUCAAGAUACUUUCAAAACAUUGUUAGCACUGACAUCUGCACAAAUAUGUGUUCUUGUGUUGUUUUUACAAGUUAACCCAAACACAAAUUUUCACCUGUCGAUAAACAAACAUUCGCAAAAAGAAAUUGCAUUCAAAUGUAUUUAAUCUUUUAUUGAGUAUACCAAAAAAAAAAAUAAUAAUAAUUAUAAAAAGAAAUGUCCUCAAGAAGUAAAGUCAAUGUAUAGUUCACACACUGGGUACUCCCACAGCAAAACACUUGAUUAUGGUGUUGAAAUCUCAGAGAGAUGCUGUAUGAGAGUUAUGCUGAGAAAUGUCUCCUGGCUGUUUACAGCUGCUCAGACUCACAAGAUCUCCACAGAUUCAAUUAGAAUCUGACUGGGUUCUCUCUUUACAAAACACUAAGAUGAGCAAGAUUAUUCUGUAUAGAUAAAUACCCUCUUUGUUAAGCCCCGAGACAGAGACAGUAGUGGUGACAGGGAAACAAUCAGACAGUACAUUAAAAAAGACUCCUCAAUAUGAUUUGAGUAUGCUAGACAUUUUUGACAUCAUGUUACAAACAUACAAUGCUAAAACAACAGGAUGACAGAACUGUGAAAGAUAUACUGAAUGUUGCAUCCUAAGAAACUCAUUCUUGACAUUCUUACCAAAAACUGAAAACAAACAGCUGGAGUAUUGCUCAGUCAACACAUUUCCCCUAAAAAUCUUUGGUUCUCAAGUGGGAGACCAGUAAACUUCUAAGAAAGCAGUGAAAGGGGCAUAAAAAAACGUAAAACGGGCAUAAAAUGGUAAAUUGAUUAUUCUUCCUCUCAACAUCAAAAGAUGUUAAACGUUUGUACUGCCAAAUUCUGAUUUUUUCAUAGUCUUCAGAGAUAGGUUUUUAUUCUUCCUUUAAAAAGCUUACAGACUAGUUGAACAGGCCAGGUAGCAAGUUUGUCAUGAAGAAUGUCCUCAUUUUCUCAGUGAGUGAUCAAAAACAGUUUUCGUACAUAUUUAUUUAUUUGAUUUUUAUUAAAUGAACAAUACCUUCAAAUCAUUAUAAUUGAGCAGUAUUGACUCAUUACAUUCAGUCUAUCUUUGCACUGAUAGAAACCUAAAUCUAAAGAGGGCUACACUUUUCUGAGAGCCAGCCAUGUUAGAAUGGCCAACCUGGAGCUGUCACCCCUAUUAUUACAACAUCUAGUACAAAAGUAAAAUUUAGUACCAGUAAAUAAUAAAAAAAAAAAAACAGUCCAUGUUUACUUGCUAUGAGCAAUGCCCCAUUCAGUGGGCCUUUUGUCCCCGUGUGCCAGCGAUGUGAGAAUGCUGCUGCUCUCACUUUCCACAAGAAACCCUGGCACAGAGAGGCACUGACCAGCCCACACAAACAUGCCAGCAGUGCUUCAGAGUGCUUCACUCAUCUGCUGAGUGAACGCAGAGAGGAAAGGGGAGAGUACGGAAUAGAUGGAAGUUAGAAAUGAGCAGUAGAGAGAGUGCGGUUUAUGCAGGAGAGGAAAAUGGAAAGGAAGAGAGAGAGGGAGAGGAGUGACUCCAUCGAUAAGUGGAUCUAUCGUCGAGCGGGCACUAUUGAACCUGAGUUUGAAGCUGGCUAUGUACAUCAUGGCAUGCUGCUGCUGCUACUGCUGUCCAAUUCCGUGCCUCAGAAACUGCUUCUUAUUUUCAGAUGAGGAAGUGGAGGCUGAGGCCGAGGUGGAGGCAGAAGGCAUAAGCAGAGAGAUUUACUGGAGGAGGAAGGAAACAUUCAGCGGAAGCAGCACAGUCUCUUCAGCAGGAGAACACUUCUCUCCAGAUGUUGUUUUGUUGUUUAGUGGGAAGCGACGAUCUGGUGUAGCUCAAGACGGUGAGCUUCAGGAGGCGUUACGUACCAGACUCCGAGUAGUAGAGAGCAACAGCCAGGAUGUUGUCCAGCUCUUCAAGGAUCUGUCUGCAAGACUAGUGUCUGUUCAUGCUGAGAAAGACAGCUUUGUCAUCACCUUUAAGACUGUCGAGGAAAUUUGGAAGUUCUCUACUUACCUGGCGCUCGGAUAUGUAGCAAGAUGUCUUGAGAACUUUCUCUGUGACCAGUCGUUCUGGCUGGACCCUGCAUUGCUAAGUGAUGUGGAGAUCUGUGUAACAGUGGAUGAAGACCACUUAGCUACUCUUUACUUAGGACUUCUGCUACAGGAAGGUACAUUCUUUGCCAAGACUUUAUACAACAGUGAUUGCAAAGAGGAGGAAGAUGAGCUGACCUACAGGAGAAAUGACCUGGUCAUGGUUAAAGACAUAGGACAAGACGCCAUGUGGGAGGGUACGCUGCUGUCCACGGGCCAACACGGUCUAGUGCCUGUGCAUGAUAUGCAGCCUCUGCCCUAUCCAUUUUAUCAGUGGUUCCUUAAGAAAUAUCCUGGAAAUGCAGGAGGGAUUCCAGUUAAAGAAGGCCUCUUUGAUCAUCCUGUUGUGGUGGGGACUUGUGUAGCAGUAGUGGACCAUUACCCAGUGGUUAAAGAUGAGCUGCAGUUAUGCAAGGGAGACUUAAUCAAGAUUGAGGGAUUUCUUUUCAAUAGUCUGAACAUGUUCAUAGGAAGACACCUUACCAGUGGAGAGACAGGAUUUGUUCACAAGGCCAGUGUAAAACCUCAGAGUAUUGAGCCUCUCGAUGGACAAUUGGUCUUUCUCAGUGAGGAGGAAAGGGCGGCCCUGUCUAAACUUAACCCCUGCUUUGAGCCCUGCCAGUCUGAUGUACUGGCAAAUCUUUUCUCCACAGACAUAAGCACUGUGUAUAGACUGGAUAGACUUGAUGACUCUGAUUUCACUUACAUAAGAAAUCAUCCAAAGUCAGAGCAGAAAUCUACAGUGGAUCAAAGAAAGAGCACCAUAUCUGAGAAAAGUGAUGCAACUCCCUACCACUCGUCCCCACGGCAAUCAUUCUAUGCCUCUCAGAAUCAUCUGGACCGGGACUCAGAGGUCUUCUCCUUCAGCCUGGAGGACACCUUUAGAGAGAUGGAUGAAUAUGAGGAAGACCCUCCAAAUUUCAUGGAUGAGGGUAUCUGGGAGGCUGAUGAAGCUGAGAGAUGUGACCCGAUCCUGACCCUACUAAAUCUGGAAUAUUUCCAGGACACAUUUCAAACUCUUUACGACCUCUCCUACUCUUUCCUGGACACUUUCUUCCAUGGCCUUCCAGAGGACGAGGUGCUUCGACAUCUGGAAAACUUGCGAGAAGGAGCUAAGAAAGGCAGGAUGCUCUGGGCCCACCGGCGAGCCUGCUUCCUUCUUGGACGGCUAUGUGCCAAGAAACUGAAGUACUCACAAGCACGAGUGUACUUUGAGGAGGCUCUAAAGGUCCCUGUAAAUGGUUUUGAUGACAAGCCUCUUCUAAUCGCCCUGUAUACCAAUCUCACUGCUGUUUACCUCAAACAGAAGAUGAUGGACAAGCUACCAUUCACACUAGAGAAGGCAAGUGCUCUAAUUAUGUGCCUUCCUUGCCACAACUUCUGCUCUGUGGAUGAGUUUGAGCUGCUCAAACCAAUCAUGCGCAAAGCCAUAAUUGAAAAAGACAAGUACCUAGAAGCACGGACAUGCUACCUCUCCCUCUGUCUCUUUCUCCGUCUAAGAAAAGUAGAGGAUGCUUUACCUUUUGUAGAGAGACUUCAGUUCCUUACCAUAACUCUGUCUGCGGAAGAAGGCAGGCCAGUUGCCCCUGUUGAUCUCAACUGGAUGCUGUGCAGGCUUUAUCAUAAAAAGUAUUUGCCCUACCUCACCCUAGCUUCUUUAAGUUUAGACUCAGGGCAAGAGCAUUCCUUGGAUGAUGCAUUCCAGAAAAUUGAACUCUUUAUCAAAAACUCAGUCAGGCUUAAUCCUCACUGGAAGGAAAGUACUUCAGUGCUUCCUGCACAGGUGGUGGUCUACCUUCAGCAGGCCUUAUCAAUAGCUUGUCAAGGAGAAGACUUGAAGACUCAGAGGGAUCUGUGCCUGAGCCUGGCUAGUGUUUACCAGCAGCAUGGAGCUUUAGAGAAGGCCGUGCCCUUUGCCCAACAAGCAGCACAGACCGGAAGUCAAAUUAAUGAAGAGGAGGGCUUUGAGGCAUCCGUACUGCUGGCCUGGCUAUUGGUGCUAACGGAGGAACCGAUGCAAGCUCAGAAUACUCUGCAACCUAUGCUUAAAUCUUUGGAUAAAACAGACAGUCCGACACAGCGUGGUGUAGUCUACAACCUUCUAGCCCUAUGCCUCCGCAAACAGGACAGAGUCCAGGAGGCAGCAAGAAACUUUUAUUGCGCUCUGCAGAUCUCCCGAGAGAAUGGGAACAAGCGUAAUGAAGCACUAGCACUGGCUAACUUGGGCUGCUUGUCUCUAUCUGUUGGGGCUUCGGGCCUAGCAGAGUGUUUCUUGCUCAAUUCCCUGCACCUAUUCCAGUUUCUCUCAGAGAGCCCCACAGAUCAGGAGCAUGUCCAGGCUUUGCUUUGGCUUGGCAGGAGCUACAAGGAUAGAGGAGGAAGUCAGAAAGUCAGACUAUGCUUUGAGAUGGGCCUCCUUAUUGCUAUUAGUGCUAACAAUCUGCACAGUCAAAUGGUUGUGGCAAAAAUUCUAAGUCGGCAUUACGCUGACUUGCUGCUGUAUAGACAGUGUAUUGUUUACUAUGAGCACUGCGUGGGGCUGUGCAGAACACUAAAGAAUAAACAGCUGGAAGGAGAGUACCUGGAACUUCUCAGCAACCUCUAUCUCUCACUCAACACUGAGAAGUCAUCAAGGAAGUCUCUUGAUUAUUCAAAGCAAAGCUUAAGGAUCUCCAUAGACCUGGGAAAAAGACAGGAAGAGUCUGAGACAUGGCUUCAAGUGGGCCGUAUCUACUAUCUUAUCCAUGAAGAUGAACUGGCUGACAUGUACCUACAGGCAGCAGUAAAGACAGCCCUGAGGAUGAAUGACCCAUGUUUUGCUAUGAGUAUUUAUGAGGAAGCAGGAGAUGUGUUCUUCAAAGGACACAGAAAUCAACUGGCUGCACUACCAUUUUACAGGGAUGGGAGUUUGCCAUUUGCACGCAGCAUAAAGGAUGUGCACUCAGAGUUCAGACUGUUGAGCAAACUCACAGAGCUCCUGAUGAAGCAGAAGCAGUACGAGGAGGCACUGCAAUACGCCACACUCGCAGUGCAGGCCAGCGCCACAACUGGUGUUCCUCUGAAUGAGAGAGUGUCCUUCCAUCGUCUUGCAUCAGUGUACUUCUCUUUAGGGAAGUAUGAGAUGGCUGAGAACUAUUACCUUAAAUCUCUUUCACUCUGCCCCACUGCACUUGAACAUGCCAUUGAAGUUCGGUACUAUGUUAAAGUGUACUGCAGACUGGCUGAUCUGACCCUAUACAGAUUAAAGGAUUCGUUCGAUGCCAUGGGCUACUUCCACUUAGCCCUGGCAGCAGCUCUGGAAGACAAAGAAAGCCUAAGCGCAUUGUACAUAAUCUACAUGAAGCUUGCAGAGAUCCAUGCCAACUACAUACCCGAUGCUGAACUGAGUAAAAGCUACAUGGAAAGAGCGCAGGAUUUGAGGAAGGAACUAGCAGGAUACACAGACUCUAGUGACACCGAAGAAACACAUCAGGACCCAGCAGAGGCAGAGCCUGACACUCACACCAAAGAUCAGUCAGACUCCAGCAGUGGCACUAGUACUCUGACCGAGUCCAGCAUGACCAACACCAGCCUCACAAUCAAUGCAGAGUCUGAGCACAUACUCUCUAACACAAGCCACAAAGGCGACCCGAACACUAACGUGUCGGAGGAAACAGACGCAGGGCCUCCAGAUCAAACCAAUCCAGAGACUAGCAGUUUGAAGGAAGCUUGACAGUUGUAUUGUGAAUCGGACAAAAUUUUAUGACUCAUAAUUUUUUCCCCAUAAUAUUUUUUUUUAUUUACUUCUUUUAAUGAAGACCUGCGAUAAGACACUUUUUUUUUUUUUUUUUUUUUAAUCAAAUGUUUAAAAUUCUAUAAUAUAUUUUCUAUUAGUGUUCCAAAGUGAAUUUAAAGAUAUUGCAUAAUUGUAAAUGAAUUUGUAUAUCUGUAAAUAUGAUUGUUUUUUUUUUGUUUUUUUAUCUGUCUACCCUCCCUGAGGGCUCUUAAAACGUUUACUUGAUUAAAACUUAAGAAAUUCUGUUAACGUCAAUGAGCAAAAUACUGAUUCUAUUGCAUGUGCAUGAUCACAAAAAACAUAAAAAUACAAAACAACAACGAUAAUCAAUCAGUAAGAAAAAUAUCGUAAUAAGCCUUAAUAAACUUGUCAUUCUUAUUGUUAUCGAUGUGUUUAAGAGAUUUAACAAUAAGCAAAAUCUCUGCAAGAAAGACAUCAAAUCUAGGUAACAUAUUGAGAAAUUUGGUUUUAUGAAUAAAUAAUUUACAGUGCAAAACAAAAAAAUUAACAACAAGAUCAAUAGCAUGGUCACUGCCAGAAGAAUACAGAAAUACAUCUUUCAGUGAAAAUUUUAAAUCACAUUUUAUAAAAGAAGAUAAAUAACAACUUAAGUUCUCCCAAAGAGAUUUAAUCUGAUUGCAGUAAUAGAAUAAAUGGAGUAAAGUUUCUUCCUCAACUUUGCAGAAUACACAUAAGUUAGAGAGAUCAAAAAAAUAAGCAAUUUGGGAGUUCUUUGGAUAAACAUUA